AUGUCGGAGGGUAAGCUGCGAGUCCUUCUUUUGCACGGCUAUGCCAUGAAUCAAACGUCAUUUCGGCGUAGAAUUGCUGCUCUGCAAAAGUCAUGUAGGGAUGUGGCUGAAUUUGUGUUCGCCAACGGCCCACACCAUGUCCCCACAUUGCCCAGUGAAUCGAAUCCUGAUCCACUACCACCAAACCCCGACGACCCUCCUGAAAAACAGGCGCGGGCCUGGUUUAUGUCGCGCGAAGGUAAAUAUAUUGGCUGGGGUGUUACGGCAGCAUAUUUGACCGAGUUUAUUCGUGAACAUGGUCCGUUUGAUGGGGUCAUUGGUUUUUCACAAGGCGCAUGUCUCUCUGGCAUUUUGACAGCUGCAGCAGAACAUCCAGAUCGUAUCCCUGAAGUUUCUGAGCCUAUUCUCACGCAGCCGUUUCGAUUUGCCAUUUCUAUUUCCGGUUUCAGAGCAGCUGAUCCUAAGUUCGAUCCAUUGUACAGCGAACCCAUCCAGACGCCCGUAUUGAUGAUUCACGGCGAGAAUGACUCUAUCGUAACGAACCAACGUGCACAAACGCUCAUAGAUCGUUGCCACAAUCUACGUGUGCUGCGUCAUCCUGGUGAGCACUAUGUUCCUACAUCCGCCCCAUGGAGACGAUUCAUUCAUGAUCUCCUUGUCUCUUUCGUUCAAAACGACCAUGAUGCGUGGCGUGCAAUGCCGUCACCCUUAGACGAGGAGAAUGCGCAUGCAUCCAACAAACUCUGA